AUGGAAAAAAUAUUAAGAAUCGCUUCGUUCAAUUUAUCGAAUCGGUCGUCCAGACAACGACAGUCGUCAAAACAAAGUUUAAUGACUCCUGAAAGACUAGUGAAAGACUUAAUUGAUGAUGCGACUGAAUCUGGAUUAAAUCCUAAUUUUGAAGAAUAUUCUUUGCACCAAGGUAUUGACUUAGUUGUCUCUGGAAACAUGAAAGAGAACUCAGUGAAAAAGCACAUUAAUAACGAUAAAUUAAAUUGGCGAUUGAAAAAUUAUGAAUUAUGUAAAACUUUAAGUUCAGGCGAUCUCAGUGAAUAUAAUUAUAUUGGAAGACAAAAAUCAUUGCAGAAGAUUUCGAAUAUAUUUCGCAAUAAGCUUACGGUGACUAAAAGUUGUGAUGCUACAACCAUGAAUGAAAUGGAAGUAUAUCAGAAAAAUAAAGGUAGAUUGACAAGAAAUAAUCAGUUGGUGAGCUCGACGUUCGAUAAAAUUGAUAAGAAUAUACUUUCCAAUGAAAUGAAUAAAACUAUAAAAAAGAAGAUCGACUUAGGCAAUCGUAAACGUCUAAAGAAAGGAAGAAAUGAUAACCGUUAUCUUUUGGUAGAAGACGACGAUUAA